AUGGAGAACGUGAUCAACGAUUUACGAGUUAACAUCAAGAAGGAGCCCGAUGCCGAAAAGUUCCGAUGCAACGGACUGGAAAGUGAUGAACAUCUAGCCAAGGUUGUGGAAUUGAAACCGAUCGGCAGUAUCCAGACCAUGAAUGAGGCGGUCAAAAAAGAAACAGAUACUGACAAGAAAUCGGAGGAGAACCACCCCAAACCACCGUAUUCAUAUGUUGCUUUAAUCGCAAUGGCAAUACGGGAAAGUCAAGAAAAACGUCUGACUUUGAGUCAAAUCUACGACUUUAUCGUGAACAAGUUCCCAUUCUAUGAAAAGAACAAGAAAGGUUGGCAGAACUCAAUCAGACAUAAUCUAAGUUUGAAUGAAUGUUUUAUCAAGAUCCCGCGCGAAGGAGGUGGGGAGAGGAAAGGAAAUUUCUGGACGCUAGACCCAGCGUGUGAAGAUAUGUUCGAGAAAGGAAACUAUCGUCGCCGUCGCCGUAUGAAGGCAAGACCGUACAGGACAUCGGCGCAAUCAGCAUGCUACGAACCCAAGUCGCUGCUGACAGCUGAUCCGACCUAUGGAGGGGGAUACCCACUAUCGCAUAAAUAUCUACCAAGUGCUUAUAACAAUUGGCCUGCGGUUCAUCAUGGCCAAACUACACCAAGUCAACUCGGUUAUAGCAGUUGCCAAACUCCUUCGCGAUUACCACAGACUGUAGAAAUAAACUACCCAAGCAGCGGCUCGAUGCAGCUCCCCGGCUAUAGCCAAGUGGAUCUGAGUCCAAUGUCAACAAUGAAUGGUUCCACCCCGGGUAGCGUGAGUUACAGUGCUUACGCGUUCCCCUGUCAUCGCAAUGCCGCUGAAUCCGCUAUGUCCUCGUACGCUUACUGGACCGCCGAGAAGCAACACGUCGGUAAUCACCUCAUUAAUUGACAAUCGGAUUUUAAUUGUUUAGAAGCAUUCAAUACUGCGACCUAGCAAGUAUAAACUCUUGUUACCAUUUAAUGAGCGUGUCGAUUGAUUAUUUCAUGCCGUUAUGUUUGUGUCAGUUAAUAAUUUGUUCUAGGUUUAACAUUUGUGUUAUUUCACUCUUAUCGAAGUUGUUAGGGACCAAUUUUAUAAAUUACGUGAAACAGUUUAAAGUUUAAAACUAGCACCAGAACAUUUUCUGGCUAAAAUAAAUCAUAUAUUCAUUUUCAUAGUAUUUUCAUGUCAGAAAGACUUUAUUUGUUUGUGUCUGUUGUUAAACUUGGGAAAUGUCUGGACCAAGCCCACAAGUUCAAAACGAAUAUGAUUUAUGUAAGUUUAAUAUUUCAAAGAUGAGAGAUGGUUAUUAUACGUAACCAGAUUUAUAAAUUCAUGUUUAUUAUAUACUGUUGAUAGAUUAAAACAUAUUUUUAUUGUGAACACGGA